UAAUAUAUAAAUAGAUGCACACACACGCAUUAUAAAAACGUACAAUUCCCUCCUCUCUUCAUACUCUUUCUGCUUCUGUUUAGCUUUUGCUUUUCUAAUAUGGCUCUUCUUCAUUCUGAAUGUUCUUCUUCUCAGCAUCUACUUGCUUCAUUUUUCGCAAUCUUAUGUUUAGUUUUGCUAGUUCAACCUCUGGCAGUUUCAUCUGCUGUCUUGAUGAGCAUGGGAAACCACCAUAUUUAUCGUCGCCAUAGAAAGCCAAUGCUGCAAGCCAACCAAAGCACUUGUGAAUUAUUUACAGGAGCUUGGGUUCGUGAUGACACGUACCCCAUGUAUGUAUCUUCUCAAUGUCCCAUUAUUGAUGAAGAAUUCAACUGCCAAAUGAACGGUCGUCCCGACUCUGGUUAUCUCAAAUAUAGAUGGCAGCCCCUGAAUUGUGAGCUCCCAAGGUUCAAUGGGCUUGAAUUUUUGCUGAAAAUGAAAGGCAAAACAGUGAUGUUUGUUGGUGACUCCCUGGGAAGAAAUCAAUGGGAGUCGUUGAUUUGCAUGAUAUAUGCAGCUGCACCAAGAACACAGACACAGAUGAUGAGAGGAGAUCCUCUUUCCACGUUCAAGUUUUUGGAUUAUGGUUUAUCUGUAUCAUUUUACAGAGCUCCAUAUUUGGUAGAUGUGGAUACGGUAGAAGGGAAGAGGGUUUUGAAGUUAGAGGACAUUAAUGGGAACGGCAAUGCCUGGCGUGCUGCAGAUGUGCUAUCUUUCAACACUGGUCACUGGUGGAGCCACAAGGGGUCUCUUCAAGGAUGGGAUUACAUGGAAUCAAGAGGUACAUUUUACCAAGACAUGAAUAGAUUAGUUGCUAUGGAGAAAGCACUGAGAACAUGGGCCAAUUGGGUUGACACCAAUGUUGACAGAACCAAAACAAGAGUAUUUUUCCAGUCAAUUUCUCCUACACAUUACGAUCCAAGUGAAUGGAAUGCCGGAGCAACUUCAACCACAACAAAGAAUUGCUAUGGGGAAACAGCACCCAUGAGUGGAACAGCAUACCCUGGUGCAUAUCCUGAUCAAAUGAGAGUGGUGGAGGCAGUGAUGAAGCAGAUGAGCUAUCCCACAUAUUUUUUAGACAUAACAAUGCUAUCAGAGCUAAGGAAAGAUGGACACCCUUCAAUUUAUAGUGGUGAUUUGAACCCUGGGCAAAAAGCUAACCCUGAAAAGUCUGCUGAUUGUAGCCAUUGGUGCCUUCCAGGAUUGCCUGAUACUUGGAACCAACUAUUUUCUGCAGCUUUGUUCAACUAAGUAUGUUUAAGGACGGUGUGCUUUCUUCUAAUUAAUUUAUUUUACCGGUUAAGAUGAUGCAUAACAGCACCUGUACUUUUAGUUAACUAAGAUUAUCAGACGUAGCAUACUGUAGUUUCUGAAUUGCCAGCCUCUACUAAUUGUCUAUUGUAAAAUAUGCAUAUUAUUUGUGAAAGGAAAUAAGAUUUUCACAUCAUAGUUGCAAAUUUCA